CUUGACGUUCUUGACAGCAAGAAUAAUUCACAGAAAUUUUAUUUAAAAAAUUCUCCGUAUCCGUCUGAUCUUUACUUGCUUCAGCCAAACCCACAUUGAAAUUAUUCUAGAGAUAUUAUGUUAAAGCGAUCCUGACUCAUACAUUGCGUCAUAAUUUUGGUCAAUACGUCAUACAUACAGUGCCGUAUCAGUUUGGGUACCAGCUGAUAGUUUAUAAUGAGUUUUCAUGAAGCCAGCUACUCAGUUGUCCACCGCUGCCGGUAGCCGUAAUAUUCGCUCACGUUUGCGCGCUGGGACUGGCCGAUAACCUUGUUACGUAGCGACUGCAAGGCCACAAUACUAUCGUUUGUAAAAUAGUCAAUUUAGUUGGUCGCGAUGUUGAAAAGUGCGUCUAAAGUGACAAUAAACACUGGGAAUGUGCUAAACCUGAUCGAUAUAAAGAAGAAAGCCGGCCAGAAUGUUACAGAAGAGCUGUCAGAGAGCAUCAAGCUAACACUAACAGAAUGGAACUCCCAGAACGGAUUACCAGUACAGAACGGGGUGUCAACCCCUGAAGAACAUCCGCAGACCUCCCAACAGCAUUCCGACUACAUGGUAGUUCCGACCUCGACCGUUCCAGAGGCCGUGGUGAAUAUCACCAGGCCGCAUGAUGAUGUUCAGAACAAAAUGGCUGAAGAGGAGAGGAAGAACCUGAAGAUUGGCGUCAAGAUCUUCAUUAAUGAGGACAGCACCAGUUCGCUUACGGAAUGUUUGGAAAAUGUAUUCACAGCCCUGCACACAGAGUAUAUAGACAACGUGAUCCUGUCGUACAACCCCGAUCUCCUGCACAGAGACGAGGCGACUGACGACAGCAAUCUGAAGAACAGCUACGCCACUAAAGCGUCCCCUAUAUCGCUUGGAAGCAAUAUUGGCCGUCUGUCCAGCCACGAGGCGGAGGCGGACAGCGAAGCAGACGCUAGGAAGUGUGAAGCGAUCCUGCCUGGGAUUAAGGUGCUGUGGAGCGUGCUAGAAGACUAUGUCAAAGAAGGUCGCGUUCACCAGUUAGGCGUGGCCGACGUGGGCGGCGGUUGUCUACGCAAGCUCCACGCGUGGGCGCGCGUCCGGCCGGCCAUCGCGCAGAUCAACCUGGCCUCGUGCUGCGUAGUGCCGCCAUCGCUGCACGCCUUUUGCCGCGCCAACGACGUGCAGCUGCUGACGCACGCCGACCCGCCAGACCUACUCUCCAUAGCAGCGGUCAAAACUCUCUCAGACGCGGGAGUAGGUUGCCACAACUUGGACUGGUGCGCUCGAUACCAGGUUCACAUCAAGUGCAGGGGAGUGUUGGCGCUCAAAGGAUACGUGUGUAAAGGCACGCUCGGCAGCCAUAAGUAGGGGAGACCGGGGUGGAAAGGACCAGUUCAUAAAGGGAUCUUGGUUUUGGAAAUGUUUUGUUAUCUAUGGUUACGGGUAAUGGUGCGCGAUAAUAGUGUAAUGCCCGUUUUCACCAUCAAUCCCUAAUUUUUAAGUGACCCCUUUGGUAACAACUAACAGGAAUUUUGUUUUCAUAGGGGUCACUCAAAAAUUAGAGAUUAAUGGUGGAAACGGGCAUAAUUGUAUGGUAUUUAAGUCACUGAUAAAUACAUAGAAUGUAGCAUUUAAACCUUUUUAUGAUGAACUAUGUAAAAUUUCUAAGAAUUUGAAAAAAUCGAACUGUCUAAGGUGGAAAUGUAACCCACGACACAAGCGAUAAUUUUCAAGUUAUCAGAAAUUUAGUUACAGAUGAAAUUCUUAAUAAUGAAAAAAGAUACUUAAGAUCAUUCUCAAAAGCAAGAUUCCUUUAUCAAUGUAGAGGAAACGCUUCUUUUAAAAUUUUAAUUAAUUAAAGGUCGAUAAGCGUCUUCUAUACAGUAGUUCAGUUGCGAGCAGUAUUUCAUUCCAUUAGAUAUUGUCAUUCCUAAAGAACUACUAGGGACAAUCGUGUAUUGUAAAUUCUAAUAAAAUUCAGAUUCGCUUGGUUCGACUAAUUCUCAUAGAAAUAUCUAAAUAAACAUUUAGAAGCAUUUUAAAAAGUAUAUAAAUAAUGCAUUUACAGAAGAUGUUCUCUAUGUAUUUUCUAAUAAGUGCUCGCAACUGAAAGUAAAAAAACGCGUAUAACUACCCCAGUUGUGUCUAUGGUUCUGAAAUGUACUUACGAAUGUAGACCCUUUUGUUGAUGAUAUAAAGAUCAAAAUUGUAUGCAGAUUGUGAAAUAGUAAUUCCAUUGUGAUAUUAGCCUAUGAAGAACAUUAUGCAGGCUUAGAAAUAAGUGCACAAAGCAGUGUGAUAAAACAUGGCUCUCUUGACAGCUGUCAAAAAUAUGUAAACUUAUUUCCUGAAAUGGCAAUGCUAUAAAAAGGUGUACUUUAAUAAACUGAACUGAUGUUAAUGACCACACUUGAUUCAGUUUCAAGCACUUAAUCGAGUUAAGCAUUUUGUAUAGGUCGUCCAACGAAAGUUGAGGCAAACUCACACUGAAGUAUUUGAAUACAGAACACAACGCAUUACACAUACCAGUUUAAAUAUCGAAUACAAGCUACUUCGUUCUUGUUGAGGCCUUGUCCAGGUGGGAGAAUUCGCCGCGAAUCCUACGCGCGAACACGGGCGUAUUGUAUGACGAGAUUUACGUGCGAAUUUUCAACUCGCGCGUCUUGUGGACGCAAUGUAUUGGCUCCUAGUAUCUCGCCAAUGCGCGUAUGGAUUCUUCGCGCGUAGAAUUCGCCCUCUUGGACAGGCCUUAACUCUGCAGGCGAAAGCAUUUGUUAGUCCAACUUCGCAAGAUGUCAGCGCAGACAGCGUAUACAAAUCUUUGCUUGUGUUGAUGGCCCCAAGUCUCAACUCUCGUUGAGCGACCUAUAUGGACCAUAAUGAUUUUGACAGAUGUCAUUGGAGUACAGUUUAUAACAAUAAAGUUAAAAUUAUAGUGUGCGAUCUAUGAGUGCUUAGCGAAAUAUUUGUGAUACAUGUAGUGGUUAAUCAAUAGUGUAUACAGCCUGAUUCUUACGCGCGAGAAAGAGACAACGUUAUGUUAUGAUUCUUGUCACACGAAUGUGUGUGACGUCACGCGCAGAUUCACUUACAAAAAAUACCCUCAAAUAAUUUGAAUUUUAAUGGAACCCAAAUAUUCGAAAAGUGUAAUCUCAAAGUGAAACUGUUAAAGUCAAAAUUUAUUUCUUUGUUUAUUUAGACUUUUAUUAAAUAAUGCUUACAAAAACAAUUAAA